AUGUUUGCCAGGGACAUACAGAAAGAAGAUUCAUCACACAAUAUUGCUGAAUACAGCUCGCUGACUACCAUGGGCACUCUUCGCAGUCAUCUGCUCAAAAUUCACUUGCGUGUUUAUAUAACCGUGCUUGAGCAACAUAAACUAAAAGUUGGGGCAAAAGAAGUUCGAGAUCUUCUUUAUAUAGGCUGGACUCUCGCACAGAUAGGUCAAGAGCUUGACCAGAACCCAGAUAAGCUUCUUGAGUCGUUCGGUUCCCCCCCCGGUGGUAAGCAUCUUGGUUCGCAACCCAGGACAGGGGUGUUGGCACUUGCAGAUGAGAUACCAGAUUAUGCCAUUGAGGAGAUGCAUAGGCAACUCGUCAAAUUCAUUGUGGUCGAUGACCAGAAUGCCCUGAGUUCUGUUGCUUACUUCUACUUCUGUGGAAAGAUCUAUGGGAGUGCAACAUUCCUCAUCGGACAAAGCUAUAAAGCAGAAGGAGAGAUAUCAUUUACUUCUGACCCCUGGUCAGAUGAGAACUGA